AUGCUCAAGCCAUUUUCGGUUUCACUAACGUCGCAGGCCAUUAUGGCGAUUGUUGUUCUGGCACUUUCCAUAGAGCUCAUCAAAACUCAGAGGAUUGGCGACGCACCUACAACUCUCAAGUACAGCGCAUUCACGGGCGGUUUUGGCCUGGCUGUUGCCGUUUCGGGUGCAGUCGCGGCCUUUUUCGACGCCAUUCCAGCCCUCGUUGUAAUGGCAGCCGAUGCUGUCAGUGGACUCUUGCUUCUGGGCGGUGGCAUUGCCAUUGCAAUUGGAUUAAGCGGAACAACUUGCGACCCCAAGACCCAAGACGAACUAGAUAAACUGCGAGACAAUGACCUCGUCAACCGUGGCAGAAUUACGGUUGACGGCAAACAGACGGUCGGGGCCGAAAACCUAGGUGAACUCCAGAACAACUGCAGGAAGGCAACAGCUGAUCAAGCCAUGCAAUUCGUAACUUUUGGUUUUGUUCUGGCAACGCUUGCUCUUGUUUUCUUGGUCUGGAGGAGGAACCGCGCUGGUGGCGGAAGGGCAUAUGUUUGA